ACUAAAAAGUUAUAGCUGUUUAUUAUGUGCCAUUAGUGUUUGAAUGGGUUUAUUAAUUCAUUCUUCUUCCAAAAACAAGUGUGGUCAGCAGCCAUGAACUGUGUUUGUUUUUUGUUUGUUGUAUUUUGCCAGCACUUGGUAUAAUAACAGCGUGUAUUAGAGCCUUGACUAUGAUUUAUGCGCCGUAUUUGAAAUAUAAAUUAUUGUAGGCUACAAUUAAUUAAUGAAGCGCAUGCCCAGGGAGUGGGCACAGGCCUAAUUAAGUGAUUAAUAAUUUUGUUAGAUCUGAAUUUAAUUUUCUCGGAAUCAUUAAAUUGAUUAAUAAAUAAAUAGCCAAAAUAAAUAAAUAAACAAAAAUAAACAAAUAAAUAAAUACAUAAUAAUUUUAAAAAAUCUAGCCUCAACUUGUGUUUUAGUGGUCAGGCUGGUAAAAAAACUCUUCGUCUCCCGAGGGAAAACUCAUUAAACAAAUUGUACUUGAGCGUAGCGAUAGAGUAAUUACGUACGGCAUGACUCUCAAGGAUAAAAAAAUUUCAACGUUUUUAGGUUAUUGCAAUAUGUUCUUCACAGAUGGACCUAUACAAGGAAAGAAAUAAACUCUUUGUUAGAACUGUUUUGCACUCAACAAUUUAAAUCCAUCCAGUUGAAGCAUGAUUCAACGAAAUGCGUGAAUGCACGAAACAACGAAGGACCUGAGCCAUAGACUUAUAUAAUAUACUAGGCUAGAUUGUGCACAGUUAGAGUUGUGCUCUCUGUGAAACUUCGCAGAGAAGCGUGUUUCAUGGGUGUGCAAAUAAAGAGAAAAGCACAAUUUUCUGUAAUGUAUGAAUAUUGGAGUGCUCAACAGUACAAUUCCCCUUGAAUUAGCUUCGAUUUGAGUAAAGCAGCGCAGUCCGUAGUGUGCUAAAACAAAAUUAGAGUGUACAAUCUAGGAUGUUAUGACAAAUCUAUGACCUUUUGCACGGUGAAUUGUUGCCACUGGUCUGAGGCUUGCGGUCGCGAAGGUCAGAAACCGGAAGUGGAAAAACAUUCUGAACUACUUUGUACUUUGUUUAUAAAUGGCCGCCAAAGUCAGCGGUGGCCAUUUGUUUUGACUAGAAACUAAUUCUAUUUUUUCUUCAUGGAGGUGAAUUUCAUUUAGAAUCUAGGUCUAGAACUCGAAAUAUUGCACAGUGGAAAGUUACUUUUGGGAUGCGCUUAACGAGAAAGUUCUUGCAGAGUGUCAGUGUCAUCAGUACAGACUCCAGUAUGUCGUAUGAACUUUAUGACCUAGAUGACAAUGCCAAGACCUUGAAUCCUCAGGUCGUCCGAGGGAUUCGCUUUGCUUUGCUCAGUUUCUUGGCGAUUGUGAUGAUUGGAGCAAUAGCUAUCCUUGGCAUUGGGAUAUGGACACUGGAAGCCGAAUAUGGUAACAAGCAAGUGUCUGAGCUUAUCAGUGCACAGCUGUACAAAGUGGACUCGUACCUUUUGAUCAUCGGAGGCAGUGCCAUCAUCAUGAUCACAAUUGUCGGCAUACUCGGAGUCAUGAAAGAGUACCGGUGUCUUCUUGGCUUACACUUGGGCCUGCUGGCUUUCAUGUCUGUGAUGCUUUUUGUGGCUGGAGUUCUGGGUUAUGUCCUAGUCAGUGAGUUGGAGGACAAGGUGCGUGACAAAAUGGAACAGGUUAUUGUCAACAACUAUGGAGUGGACCUGGAUAAGAGUGGCUCAAACCGAGUCAUCACCAAUGCCUGGGAUGAAGUACAGCAGGCUUUCAAGUGUUGUGGUGUUUAUGGAGACAAGGACUCCACCAAGUCAUGGUACAUAUACCAGUCCAGCGAGUGGUUUGACAAAGGACUGAACAAUGGAAGUUAUGUCCCCGACAGUUGCUGCCUGGGCACGACCAACUUGGCACUGUGUACAGGGAGCGUUAACAAUCCUGGCUACCCGCCACGACAACCUCCGCCUGUCAAGGGAAACUCUAGCACCUGGGGCUACACACUGUACACAAGGGGCUGCUUUGACGUUUUGGAUCCAUAUCUCCACCGCACUGGCAUCACAAUUGGUACCACAGCAAUUGUGGUUGGCCUCUUCAUGCUUGUGGAACUGGUCUUGUCCAUCUGCCUGUACAGAACCCUACCAGAGAAGACGUGAGCGAAACAGAGCAGAGUUUGGUCAUUGUGGACCUCCUCAGUAACUUAACAAUUUGAAACUGGAAUUGUCAGAAGUUCAGCAGUGCUGUACUCGAUACUUUGUGGUGACUGCGAAUGUCUGUGAGGAUGAGUUUUCUGCUUGAUUGUGGGAAGAUGAGUGUGUUUCAUCAAGUAUCUGCUGAUUUUGUAUGAUUUGUUAAUUUAUUCACAUUGUGUGUAUGCAAUCAACAUUUUUUUCUGGGAGUGUUAAUAUGAAUUUAUCAUUCAUGUAUGUUGUUUGCAGCCAAAUACUCUCAUAACAGUAUUUUUCCUGCAGCCAGUCAAGAAGGGAUAUAGUGAGAAAAAAUUAGUUUUUCACAUUUUCCUGUAGAAUUUGAGUUAUCUUAAGGUUUGGAUUUUUAACUGUCCUUUUUAAAGCCUGUUUUCUGUAUUGACUAUAUUUGUGCUCAGUUACUUCUGACAUUGACACACAAACUUUACAGUUUGAAGACAGUUUAUUUAAAAAUAGUUUUGUUCUAAUUUGUGUUUUUCUGAUUAUUUGCUUGCAAUUAGACAUUUUUAAAAUUGCUAGUUUCUUUUUGACCGUUUAAAUUUGGAAGCUAGGUUUUACUUAUCUUUCAUUUUGUCCUCUUGCUUUGCAUAGAUUCAUGGCUUUUUUAUAAGAGGAUUCCUUUACAACUCAAUUUUUUGUGCUUUGUUAUACGAACGACAAAGCGUUUGCAAACAUUUUAGCUACUCUUUCUGCAGUAGGGGCUGUUACAUCAGUUCAGGCGAUAAUGUUCACGCUGUUUUGGAUGAAAGUUCAAUCUGUGUCCUGAGAUGAUGGUGCCUGUGUAGGCCGGUACAUGCCUGGAAAUGUAGGCUGUAGCGUGUUCUACGAAAUCAUAAAAGUACACUCCACAACACAAAGGCAAGAAUUGUGCCACUGAAAUGUUUUUCCUAUGCAGCUACUUGGAUUGAAAUGUUGAUUUCGAAAAAAUAAAUGCUCUUCGUAUGGUAAAACUAGUUAAUGGUACUUCUGCUCUGUCAGUACUUCUGCUCUUUCCUUGCCCUUCUGUUUUUCUCUGUAAUAUGGGACUUACUGAAUUACUUUAAGUUUCUUCAGCUUAAUCAGAUGAAAUACUUUUUAAUUAGAAAUAUUUUAAGUCUAGGAAAUGUGAUGGCAAAGUCUAUUUUUUAAUGAUAAUGAAUAACAUUUUAGAAGAAGAUGCGUAUACUAUAUAUAUCAUAUUUUUGGAUUGCUAUUUUGUAUUUAAUUUAACUAACACAAUGUGUAAGUGAAAUGAUAUAUGCUGUUGACUUAUCUCGACUUUGCUCCUAUCUGUGAUCUCAAUGUUAACAAUUAUGAAUAAGUUUUUUUUCAGAAAACAUU